AUGUCCUCGGAUAAUCUCGAUGACUUGAUAGAGGAUCUCGAGGCAGCCUCGAAAUUGCCCGCGAAACAACGCAAAACAGGCAUCAAAUCGACCAUUGAGCGGGCGGCCGCAAUCCUCUACGAAAGGGGCGCUUUCCCGCAUGAGCUGAUCCGCCUUGUUGACCUGUUGACUAUUCGCAACCACUUGGAUCAGGCCAGCCUCGCAGUCCUUGUUCGAAACCUGUAUCCGUCAGCCAAGGUCGGCGAUGACACCGUCUUACGCUUCGUUGGCGCCCUGGGCCACGGCCACCUAAAGCCGUCCCUGCCACUCCAGGCUCUGUUUCUCAGAUGGCUUGUCAUGGUGUACCACUUGUUGGAAAACCCGGCCGUUCUGUCGCAGGCAUAUGCCGUGCUGUUCAAUCUGCUCGAUACCGCAGCCAUCAGACCCCAGCUCUGCCAUGUCCUUGCCUUGGUGACGAGGCGGAAGCAUGUGAGACCAUUUCGGAUACAGGCCAUCUUGAACCUCGCCCGGCAAACCGGCGGUGACCCACAUUUGACGGGUCUGCUGCGUGUCUUCAAGAACUACUAUCCUGAAAUUAUUGUGGGCGAGGUUACCAAGGGCCGAGCCGCGGUUUUCAAGCAUCCUGACACCCAAUGGUGCGCGAGGCUCGACGAGAUUCAGCAGCAGCAUUCUGCUAGCCACGACGGCACGGCCGUUAGGAACGGCUUUGCUGUUAGCCAUGCUCUCGGCAGCCGUCUGAAAGGCGCGAAAGCCAUGUUCCCCACCGUACAUACUCUGCAUGCUCAAGAGAACUCCGUCACGUUGGAGGAGACUGACAGCGCCGAGACCUUUGUGAAACAACUAGACAAAAUCGAGCUGCCUACACAGCUCGUGGCCGUCUUUGCUGACCCUCUCCUUCAAAAGUUCUUGCUCCUCCGGCCAGACGCCGAGGCAUCUUCACGCAUCAGCAACUGGCUGAUGGCAUGUUUAGCCGAUGUUGCUGGCGGAGACGCUGACUCAGAUCUCUUAGCCGACAUGCUUGAGGUGGUGCAUGACUAUGUGCUUAGGGUGAAGAUGUUACCACCGCUUCUGCUUACCUUUUUCGGCCAGUUCCUGAGGGUCUGGGACGGCUCAGAUAAGCGGGACAUGGUUCUCGAAACCUUGAGUUUCGUCCCUAUGACGGACUUUCAACGACUUUAUCAGAUACUACAGCCUCUUGAAGAUUCGAUGCUGGACGGCACCGCAGCGUGUCAGGUGUCGCUUCUGAAAUUCUACACGCUAUUGGUCCGACGUUGGACAAUAGCCAUAGAGGCUUCAGAACCUUUUGUCUCCCUGCCAGUGGGUUGUGUUACUGACCUGAUUGAGCAUGUCAACAAACUCGCCUUAACGCUUACCCAAACCUCACCUACCGUUGGCGUCUACCUUGACAUCCUCGACUUUUACGAAUCCACCGCGGCCAUAUACGCCAAGCCGCCACUACUACAGCACGUCUUCAUCACAAUCCCGCCCCCCCUUCUCGUCUACCUGUUGCAUUUCAGCCCUUCGCUGGCAGUCGUGUCCCGGCUGUGCGGCAUACUCGCCAUCUACAAGCGUGCUUGGGAGGCUGUUACGUCUCCGUCCGUGGCACGGCAGCUGACGCCACGCGAGCGCGAGCAAAUCAAUUCCUUCAACGGGUUCCUGAUGGACCUGUGCAACUGCUUGUGGCGCGGCCGCGCAUUUGCGACGACGGACACCAACGCUCAAGGGUGCCGUAUACCGCAAUCCGUCCAGCCAGUCCUUGCGUCGUACGUGCGACGAACAGACCCGGACCUGUCUCUGGGGUUUAUCUUUGGCUUGUCGCACUCUCCUAUUCUGUGCCUACAGUCCAUCUCAUACGUCAGAGAGCUGGAAGACGCGGAUACCAAUGUGCGACUCAGGCACACCGGACCGGUCACCCAGACCUCAUUGAGCCAGCUGGCUAAUAGAGGCGGGCUGAGGCUGCCCUGGCAAGAGUAUAGGUCAGGCGUCCUAGGAUAUCUUGAGGCGAAAGGCUUCCCGGGCAUUCCCGAGCUGAUGUACAAUACGAUGAAAAAUCUCAUGAAGACGAGGAAAGGAUGA